AACAGUGAGAAUUGUGUGUCUCACCCGAGCUCUGCAAAUCGAGAAAAUUAUAGGACUUUCUCCAAGCAUAAAUGUCUGUCCAUACUUGUCAUGACAGGUUCGUCGUGGUUGCACACCCAGAAGAACCCUAACCUGUACAAACUUCUCUCUUCUUUUAUAUACAGGUAAAAAGGGUGGAGUGCUAAAAACAAUGUGCUGCCCACACGACUAGGGCGUAUAAGGAAGUUAUGGACAUGGAUAUAAACACGGCAUUUUACUGAUCUGUUAACACUUAAAGGAAUCGUGCCUGCUACUCUACCUUAACAAUGCCUGCUAAGAAAGUGUGCAUCGUUGGAUCUGGAAACUGGGGCUCUGCGAUAGCCAAAAUCGUCGGCCACAAUGCAAAGGGAUCCAACAGGUUUGACCCCAUUGUCAACAUGUGGGUGUUUGAAGAGAUGAUCGAUGGCAAAAAGUUAACAGAAAUCAUCAACACAGAGCAUGAGAACGUCAAAUACCUACCGGGUCACAAGCUUCCCAAAAAUGUGGUUGCUGUUCCAGAAAUCACAGAAGCGGUGAAAGGGGCCAGCAUACUGAUCUUUGUCAUUCCACAUCAGUUCAUUGGGAGGCUCUGUGAUCAGAUGAAACCUCAUAUUACACAGGGAACCAUUGGAAUAUCCCUCAUCAAAGGCAUCGAUGAAGGCCCAGAGGGCUUGAAGCUCAUCUCUGACAUCAUCCGCGAGAAACUGGAAAUCGAGGUUAGCGUCCUGAUGGGGGCCAACAUUGCCAACGAAGUGGCUGAUGAGAAGUUCUGUGAGACCACAAUUGGAGCUAAGAACGAAGCAAACGGACACAUCUUUAAAGAGCUGCUGCAGACUCCCAACUUCAGGAUCACCGUGGUGCAGGAGAGUGACACAGUAGAACUCUGUGGGGCUCUCAAGAACAUUGUAGCGGUGGGCGCUGGGUUCUGUGACGGUCUGGGCUUUGGAGACAACACCAAGGCUGCGGUGAUCCGGCUGGGGCUGAUGGAGAUGAUUGCCUUCACCAAGCUGUUCUGUAAGGGCCAGGUGUCCUCCGUGACAUUCCUGGAGAGCUGUGGGGUCGCCGACCUGAUCACCACCUGCUACGGGGGACGCAACCGCAAGGUGGCUGAGGCCUUCGCCAAGACAUCCAAGUCUAUUGAAGAGCUAGAGGCUGAGAUGCUCAAUGGCCAGAAGCUGCAAGGCCCACAAACCUCCGCUGAGGUGUUCAAAAUUCUAAAGAAGAGAGACAUGAUUAGCAAGUUUCCGUUGUUUGCCUCUGUGUAUCAGAUCUGCUUUGAGGGCAAAGCUGUGCAGGAGUUUAUCACAUGUCUGCAGAACCACCCUGAACACAUGUGAUCACUCUGUAACCUGAAGCCACGGAACCUGCAGCUCCUCCAAUGGUGUAGAGUGAAGUCGCCCCUAGAUGCUGAUCUUGGGUCAGUUUUCCAGUCCCCCACUUAUAGUUAAAGUUGGGACUGGGGGAGGGGAAGCUGAUCGUAGAUCUGUACCUAUAGGGAAACUUCACCCCAGAGUCACUUCCAAUAGCACCAUCAUACCAUCAGAGGGCAGCAGUGCUGCAUAAAUAUUCAUUCAUAAUACUGUAACUACAUAAAAAUGUAACUGUAACCACUAAAUAUUCCUUAUCAUUUGAUACUAAGUCUGAAGAACCACUCUACUUAACGUGCUUUGUCGCAUAUUCAUAUGUUUUGUGUUUUGAUUGUGUAUAAGCUUAUCAACUAAAGCACUUGACAAAUGCUUAGUAAUUGUUGCUGAUUAAAAAAUGUUUUCUAUUAAUUUUGAAUUUUUACAAUUUGUUGAACAAAUAUUCUCAAAACAAUACUUUUGAUUGAAAAAUAAAUUUUUGUGUUUC